AUGCUCUCCUCCCUCGUCAAACGCUUGUGUCCCAAGAAAACCUCAAUUCUGCCAUGCCUCUUCCAAGCCAAACGCCACAAGCAUGAAAUCCCCAAACAUCUGCAAUCCAUAGCCACUGAAAAGGAUCCUAAUUUUGCUCAUAUGGUGGCAUAUUACUAUCAUGCAGCAGCCAAGCUCAUGGAGUCAUCGCUUAUAGCAGAGUUAGCCAAAAAAUAUCCUAAACUGGAAGCUGGAGAUGUAGAGGCGCGUGUUAGUGGUAUAUUGAGAUUCAUGGGAUAUGUAACGACAUGCAUUGAAGUGAACUUUCCAUUGAUGAAUUCCAAGUCAGAGAUUGAAAUCAUAACUGGCUAUCGAGCUCAUCACAUGCGGCAAAGGUUGCCCGUAAAGGGAGGUAUCCGUUUUGGCAUGGAUGUCGAGGAGGAUGAAGUAAAAGGUUUAGCCUAUUUGAUGACUUUCAAAUGUUCCUGCGUCAAUGUGCCUUUUGGUGGGGCUAAGGGUGGCAUACGUAUAGAUCCCAAGAAAUAUACCGAUCGAGAAUUGCAAAUUAUCACCAGACGUUAUACCAUGGAACUGUUGAGGCGCAACAUGAUUGGUCCUGGAAUAGAUGUACCAGCACCCGAUAUGAAUACCGGGGAAAGAGAAAUGAAUUGGAUUUGCGAUCAGUACUUGAAGACAUUCGGCCACAAUGACAUCAAUGCUUUGGCCAUAGUCACUGGUAAACCAAUCCAUGUUGGUGGCAUCAAUGGUCGCACUUCUGCCACUGGCCGUGGAGUCUGGAAGGCAGGUGAUGUUUUUAUGCAGGACAAAGAUUGGAUGGAUUUUGUGAAAUUAAGCACUGGCUGGCAGGGAAAAACUGUCAUAGUUCAAGGUUUCGGCAAUGUUGGCUCAUAUGCAGCAAAAUUUGUGGUAGAAGCCGGAGCGAAAUUAAUUGGUGUCGAGGAAAGAGAUAUUUCACUUGUUAAUCCAGAGGGAAUAGAUCCAAAUGAUCUUAUGACAUAUGUCGCUGCUAAAAGGUCAGUUAAAGGUUAUCCCAAAGCUAGCGAAAAACAAGGAUCUCUAUUGGGCGAAAAAUGUGACAUACUCAUGCCUUGUGCCACACAAAAAGUGUUGAACGCCGAAAAUGCUGAUAAAGUACAGGCCAAAAUUAUUCUAGAAGGAGCCAAUGGUCCCAUCACCCCUUCAGCGGAUGAGAUUCUACGUAAGAAGGGAAUUUUGAUGAUACCCGAUAUGUAUUGCAAUGCGGGCGGUGUAACUGUGUCGUAUUUUGAGUUCUUAAAAAAUAUCAAUCAUGUCUCAUAUGGUAAAAUGACCACGAAACGUGAUAACCAUGUGGUGCGAGAGAUAUUUAAUUCCAUCAAUGAGUCAUUGGGAGGAAAGGGACCCACUGUUACUCCCAAUGAACAUUUGGAGAGACUACGUAGCAGCACCUCAGAGGCCGACAUUGUGGAUUUUGGCUUACAAACGGUCAUGGAAACUGCCGGCCAAGGCAUCAAAGAGACAGCCAAUGAGUUUGCCUUGUGCAAUGAUCUACGCACAGCUGCUUAUAUUUUUUCCAUACGUAAAAUCUUUAGAGCCUUAGAGAGUUCUGGCAUAACACAGCAGUGAAACCUUAAAUGGUAGAGAAAAUUAGAGCGUCAAGCGUUUUUCAUUUAAUAAAAAUUUUUGUAAAUGAGUUGUGAAUUAA